AAGUAGUUUAACAAUUGUUAGAAUCGAUAAGGUGGACCAGUGAAAAGUAACAGGAAUAUGAAUAUGAAUACAUAGUAAAGAGGAAGCUGUAUUUUUAAUAACCCGUUUCAUUCUGCCAGCUAGCAUACCAAGUACUCAGGGGAUUAGCCUCUCUCCACCCUCACAGUAAGCAGAAGUUUUUAUCUGGCCCUUCCAUGCCUUUUCUACUAACACAUUGUUUCGGAAAGCUCACUGGGAUCAUUUUCAGUGAAGAAGACAAGAAUAAAUACUAUUACAUUUGUUUUAAAGAUGUUCUUUUUGUCACCUUUGGACAAUAUCCUUGUUUUCCACAACCUGUGAAGCAAGGAAUUCAAAAACAACUUUCGAUCAGCAGAGCAUUCUCAGCAAAAACAGGGCAUCUGAUCUUUACACUGCCUGCCCCUGCAUGCUGAUAACCUGGGUUGUUUGGAGGAAUCGCAUGCCAGAAGUCUUGGAUCCUCUCUCCUGCUGGCUGUUGUUGAUUUUAGUAACAAAAAUAGCAGCUGAAGGCAAGGCUAAACUGAACCUGAGAAAAAGGGGGAGGGGGCAGAGAGCGAGAGAGGUCUGUUUGUAUUUAUAUCCCUUACAAUCUUGUCAACCAGAUGCAUACUUAUAUAGAAGCAGAUGGAAGUUAGAUGGGUCGUGGCUCAGUUCUUUAAUUUAUAGAUGCCUUUACCCUAAAGGAAGGAGUAUAUCGACAGUAUAUUGGUAAUGAUAAGUGAAAAUGACAGGCCGCUGGACUGUAUGCUGCAAUAAAAAGACCAUCUCCAAGAAUGGAAUGCCUGAAAUGGACAAUGUGGCGGAAAACGUGGAAGGAAAAAUGAAGAUGAAGCAAGAAAUUACUUUGCUGAAUGGUGUCUCUUUGAUAGUAGGGAACAUGAUUGGCUCUGGAAUCUUUGUUUCACCCAAAGGUGUUCUAAUGUACAGUGGUUCCUAUGGACUCUCACUAGUCCUUUGGGCUAUUGGUGGGAUCUUUUCAUUGUUUGGAGCUUUAUGUUAUGCUGAAUUGGGAACAUCCAUUGUGAAGUCAGGGGCUAGUUUUGCCUAUAUACUGGAGGCUUUUGGUGCUUUUAUAGCUUUUAUCAGACUAUGGUCUUCCCUGCUAAUUAUUGAACCAACAACACAGGCAGUAAUAGCAAUUACAUUUGCUAAUUACAUCGUUCAACCAGUAUUUCCAUCCUGUGAACCACCAUAUGACGCAGUCAGGUUGAUUGCAGCUGCUUGCAUCUGUUCAAUAACAUUUAUUAACUGUGUCAAUGUGAAAUGGGGAACCAGAGUACAGGAUCUUUUCACAUACGCAAAAAUUCUGGCCCUUAUUGUAAUCAUAGCUGUUGGUCUUUACAAAAUCUCUCAAGGGGAAACGGAAAACCUGAAAACUCCAUUUGAAGGUUCGACAACGGAUGCAGGGUUUAUAGCACUUGGUCUAUAUUCAGCCCUCUUUUCCUACUCUGGAUGGGAUACUCUGAAUUAUGUCACUGAGGAAAUGAAGAAUCCUGAAAGGAACCUACCAAUUUCAAUUGCAAUUUCAAUGCCUAUUGUGGCUAUUAUUUACUUGCUGACUAACAUAGCAUACUAUGUAGUACUGGACAUGGGCACUCUCCUAGCCAGUGAUGCAGUGGCAGUGACAUUUGGUAAUGAAAGCCUUAGUUAUGCUAAGUGGAUAAUUCCUAUUGCAGUGGCCAUGUCAUGUUAUAGUGGAUUGAACUCAUCAGCUAUUGCAGCUUCCAGGCUUUUUUAUGUUGGGGCUCGGGAAGGACACCUUCCUGACAGUUUGAGUUUGAUUCAUGUGAAGUGUUUCACCCCAGUCCCUGCUCUUCUCUUCAAUGGCUUAAUGACUCUGCUUUACCUUCUUGUGGAGGAUGUCUUUCUCCUUAUUAAUUACUACUGCUUCAACUAUUGGCUAUUUGUUGGGCUCUCUAUUGCAGGAUUAAUAUACCUGAGAUACACUCAGCCUGAUAGGCCGAGGCCUAUUAAACUCAGCCUCUUCUUUCCUAUAGUGUAUUGUCUAUGCACCAUUUUCCUGAUCAUGGUUCCUCUCUACAGUGAUACAGUUAAUUCCCUUAUUGGAAUUGGGAUAGCCCUCUCUGGAAUUCCUGUAUAUUAUGUGGGACUUUAUCUCCCACCUGAAAAGAGACCAAGAUUUCUUCGAAGGCUAUCUGCUAUGAUAACAAAGUAUGUUCAGAUGAUAUUCUACUGUUGUCUGACAGACCUGGACAUAGACGUAGACCCUAUAGAAGCAAAAGCCAAAUAAACCUGAGUCGACAUUUCCAUACCUGAAGCAUUUUUGUUGUCUGAAGUCCUUAGUGUGAUUUGGUUACACUAAAGCACCAACAAUUGCACUGUGCAUCAGUUUGAUGUUUGUUAAUUUGUGUUUAUUCUAUUAGCCCUUUCAGUGCCAAGGGUACUUACAAGUCCCUGUUCUACAGGAUUUUUUAACUUUCUGAUUGAUUAGUUUAUCAUAUAGUGCUUUGAUAUUAUAAAGCAGUGUAUGAAUAAACGUUUAGUAUUUUAUAGUAUUAAAUAUUACAUUAAUUAGAAAAGGGUUGCAAAGUCAUCAAAUGCCAGUUAGACUCUUGAGAAAUAAAAUGAUCAAUGGAAAAAAGGUAAAAUCAGAUAUUUACAAUAUUUAUGUUUCAAAACCUGAAGUGGGAGAGAAAGUCACAAUUUAAAUGUAAGAAUUUUAGCCAUUGUUUUACAAGUAGCAAAUCUGUUCUUAGCAAGAAAUGUUAAGUAUUCAGGCAAGCAUUCCAAAGAAUAAAUGCAGUGCUAGAAUAAAAAUAUUCCAAUGCGUAAACCAAUGUAAGCUCCAGGCAAACACAUUCAAUUCAAUUCAAUUCAAAGAAGAAAACAGAGAAGAUACAGUAGAUAUCAAAGUCUGAGUAAUAAAAGUUCUUUGAUAAAGCUUCAUCUGAUGAUAAACAAUCAUUAUCUCUUUGAAGGGGAGGAAUCCAGAUUACAAAGAUUAUCACAUGCUAGUAGUAAUGUAAUUUAUAACAGAUGUUUGAUCUCUUGCAGAACCACCUGCUGUAGCACGAGUUACAGUAAUAAGUCACGUUUAAUAGGAGUAUAUUCAGAGUUAAACCUAUCGUCUUUCCACAACGUGCCUGUUUUCCUGAGAAACAGGAAACCAUAGCCAUAAAAAUCAGUUUGUCUCUUGGCUUUAUUCAUAAGGGGGAAGGGGGGAGGCUUAGGGGUCAUCAGCAUUAUAAACUGCCAGUUAGCUGCCACCUAAUCCUAUAGCCUGUAUAGGUACUUAUGUUUCCAUUGGUAAAAUCUACUGAAUUUCUAUCAUUGGGAAUAAACAGAAUUACCCAAGCCCUAAUGCCAUAGAGCCCUCCUAAGUCUCAAAAGAGUUCAAAAAGUGUUUCCUCCACAUAUCUUACCACUGGGCCCUAAUCCAUUAAGGAUGAGGAGAAAGAGGUGAUAUUCUUCUUUUUAUUCAGUAAUCUAGUGGUCUGAAUAUUCACUUGGAAGAUCUAGAUCCAUAUCCUUCCUCUGGCUGGUUUGGAGUGGGCAACUGAGACCAGAUUUCCCACCUCCCAGGACUGUGUCCUAACCACUGAGCUAUGAGCUAUUCUGAGGUGGUUCCUCCAUGAUCUCAUCUACGAAAGUUGUUCCACUUUGUAUCAAAAUAAUUGAAAAAUCUAUUGGUUCAGGGAGAAAAAGGUACUCCAUAGCCUGGUGUUUAGGGCACAUUCCUUAGAGGAAGGGGACCAAGAUUACAAAGGAUCCUACCUGAGGUACCUAACUCCAGGAGAGGCUCAUGGCUAUGAAACCCAAGGGGACAUGGGCCUCUCUUUCUGGCCAUUAGUUAAGUGCCUACAUUUCUUGAGGGUCUUAGGCCCAUACCUCAAUGUGUUUCCUACUGACUCCCAUAGGCAAUUCCCUACUCAAUGUGCUGGCUGCUCAGCCCUUCUUAGAUGCCGAACUCUCCCCAUGCAAUGCAUAGGAAAGCCUUGGUGCUUACCUGGGGAUUGUGGAUUCCACCUAGUGGCAGGGUACCUAGAAUGUAGUAUUGGAAUGCUGAACCUGCAAAGUCUGAGCCCCUUGUGAAUCUAGCCCCAACCUGCUAUCUCCUAAAAAUUAAAGAGACAGGAAUGGUCUUGCAAGAAAUAUCUGCAAAUGAAGUGACAGAGGUGCCCCCCGCUUGUCCUACAAUAUUUAUUUGGACUUUGAUACACUUUGUCAUCCUGUGGAAUAUGUUAUCCUUAUAUUACAGUAUCAUUGAAGAAAAUAUCAUAUUUUCUCUGUAGUUUCAAUUUCAGUGCCCUCAUCAAUAUCUCCUAUUUCUGUUCCUUAUACCAGUCACUUUAGCCUCUAGCAUUAUCAGCCUUCAUUCAAGCCUGUCUGGAGGGAUUUGCAGGGAAGAGGGAAAAUGAGAACUGAUGGCUUGUGCUAGUGCUAGUCAACCUUCCUUGAUUCAGUGCACUUCCUGAAAAGCUUUGGCUGGCAGGACUCCUGUAGCACCUUAAAGGUAGAAGUGCCAUCUUUUCUUUGCUGUGUCUGGUUCCUUUCCAUGUUGCUUCUCAGUGGGCACACGGGUAGGACAGUUAAUUCACUCAGUUUAGAUAUGCUGGAAAACAUUAGAAGUGUCUAGUGCACUUUCUAGCAGCCCCAGAAUUAAAACCUCCACAUCUCUACAUUUACUUAAAUAUCAACAUUAUAGAAGUUAGAGAAGAAGCCUUGAUGUAUCAUUUGCUGCAUCCAGCCCAAAGUGCCCCAGCAUCUCCAGAUACUUUGAAUGGGACUCAACCAGUCUGGAAUUUGUGCUGUUCAGCCUCUCUGCUAUUGCACAGCAGGACUGUGUUUUAGCUUCUAACUCUACCUAUUACAGCUCACCUGUAAACUACAGAUAUCACAGCCCGCACUCUGUUUCAACAUGAAGCAUAAAUUUAAUAAUAAUAAUUAAUUGGCACAAUUUUAAACAUGAGAGAGCCUGUCUAUACAGAUACUAAGUUAUAUUUAAUGUCAAGCUGUCUGUCAUGCAGAGCUAAUGACACUAGUGUCCUGUAGCCUGUACUGGUUACCUGUAAACUUCCUUUAAAGCUUCUUCCUUUGGAAAAAGAAAUUACAGGAAUUACUAAAUGGUCUGAGACCAGGAUUUCUGAAGCAACACCUCAGCAGCGGUCCACGUUGGUGGCAAAGACGAAGGUCACAUGUCAAGACAAGUCUGCAGGUUCUUAAGCUACAAAACUUAUUUCCCUCAUGUUGUCUGACAAGGGACUGUAUAAAGCUUCAGGGCAUGCUAAAAAAAACCCAACAGCACACAACCAACAAGACACCUAAUGCUUUCUUUCAUUUCAUUUCAUUUCAUUUCCUCAUUUUUUUUUUUUUUUUUUUUUUUUUUUUUUUCCCUUUUUUUUUUUUUUUUUUUUUUUUUUUUUUUUUUGCUGAGAGAGAGAGAUUAAGGGUAUGUAAGCUGAGAGUGGGCAAUGUUAUUGUAAUAUUGUUUGAAUGAUCCAAUUUCUAUUUUCUUAACAUGUAUUUUGUAGAGGUUAUUCCUUGUAAUUUGUAUAUUUUAAUUACUGUAAAGUACCUACAGCUUAAAAAAUCUAAAUAAAUUUCUUGUCUUUGA